AUGGAGGUCACAGCUCUCUGCAUCAGACUGUUGAUCAUGCUGGUUGCAAACGCUCACCAUGGUCUUGCUGAGGAUGACGAUGCAGCUUUGGCUCGGAUCAUUCCAACCAGACUGCAGCUCUUUGACUACAGCUCUGUCUCUUUUAACUGCGAGAGUGCUGCCACCACGACUGGAUGGAAAGUGAUGAGGAAGAUCAAGGGAGAAGUCAGCACCUGUGUCAGUAACUGGCCGGCAAAAGCAGCAUCCGUCUGUUCCCUCAAACCUGUUUAUCCAACAGACAGUGGAGAAUACUGGUGUGAGACUGGAGACGGAGAGAGAAGCAACGCUGUCAACAUCACCAUCACUACUGGUUCUGUGAUCCUGGAGAGUCCUGUCCUUCCUGUGGUGGAGGGAGAAUCAGUCACUCUGCGCUGCAGAACUAAGAAGACCUCCUGUGCCCACAUAGCUGAUUUCUUUCAGGAUGACAUCCUCAUCGGCACUGGCUCCUUUGGAGAGAUGACCAUCCACAGUGUUUCUAAAUCUAACGAAGGGCUCUACAGGUGCAGCAUCACUCAACUUGGAGAAUCACCAGAGAGCCGGCUGGCUGUCACAGCAGUCCACACAGAGACUCGUCCUCAGACCACUCCUUCCUCAGACUGCUCCUGUCACAUCUACCUCGUCUUGAGGACUGGUUUCACUGUUUUAAUGGUGGCUCUGCUGCUGCUGCUGGUGGGACGUCUUCACUGUGGGAAACUCAAAGUGACACACUCUCACAUGUAA